UGCUGGGGCACUGGGUACCAAUCCAGUCGCUCCAUAUUUAAAUCUGAUGCAGUCGAGACAUGCUAGACGACUCGAGCGUCUUUUCUAUGUUUACUAGUUAUCUUUUUAUGUAGCUGACUUAUUAUUAAUAAAGGCUGCAGUUUCGAUAGUCAAAAUGGGGGAGCCACAGCAGGUCAGUGCUCUUCCGCCACCUCCUAUGCAGUACAUCAAGGAGUACACGGAUGAGAAUGUGCGAAAAGGACUGGUCCCUAAACCCCCUCCACCUAUUCGAGACAGUUAUAUGAUGUUUGGUAAUCAUUUCCAAUGUGAUGACCUCAUCAUUCGGCCUUUGGAGAGCCAGGGCAUUGAGCGCCUCCACCCAAUGCAGUUUGACCACAAGAGAGAGCUGAAGAAGCUAAAUAUGUCCAUCCUGGUAAACUUCCUCGACCUUCUGGACAUCCUCAUUAAAAGCCCAGGCAGCAUUAAGCGAGAGGAGAAGCUGGAGGACUUGAAACUCAUUUUUGUCCACAUGCAUCACCUCAUAAAUGAGUACCGACCCCACCAGGCCAGGGAGACGCUUCGCGUCAUGAUGGAGGUUCAGAAGAGACAGAGGCUGGAGACAGCAGAGCGUUUCCAGAAGCACCUGGAGCGAGUGGUGGAGAUGAUCCAGGGGUGUCUUGCUUCCUUGCCUGAUGAUUUGCCACAACAAAACAACUCCAGCACAGGGGAGGCUGCAGGCUCAACUGGAGCUUCUAGACUGAAAACAGAGCCUAUGGAUGUAGAUGAGGCAGGAGUUAGCUGCAUGGUUCCACAAAUGGACCAGAAUAUGCUCUCUAAGAGGGACAAAGUGUGGGAUAAGGAUGCUGCAAUGUGCAGUAUUAUUGAUGAGAUGACUUGAGCUGUCUAAGGAAUUUGUUAUGUUUGUUUUUGUUAUUAUUCAGGGAAUGCCAGUUCUUCAUCGUUGUCACAGAAACUCUGCCAGCAAGCUGAUAGCCUACACUGUCACUUAAGUAGAAUUGUAUGUAUAAAAUAAUAAAAAAGAGAUCAACUAAUCUUUUCAUUUUCAUGUA